CCUUUGGAACUAAUCAAUCAAAACAGUUCACAAAGUCUCUUCUCUCUCUCUCUCUCUAUUUCCUUCAUCAUCUUCAUCCUCUAAUGGAGCAACCAAGCAAGAAAUCUUGUGUACUAGAAACAACUACUGAUGCUAUGGAGAUGGAGACGAAAUACGAAGAUAUGUUACCGAUCAUGGCGGAUAAAAUGGACGUAGAAGAGUUUGUAUCAGAGUUAUGCAAAGGUUUCAGUUUGCUUGCGGAUCCAGAGAGAGAUGUGAUCACAGCUGAGAGUCUAAGGAGGAACUCAGGGGUACUUGGGAUUGAAGGAAUGAGCGAGGAAGAUGCACAAGGGAUGAUUAGAGAAGGAGACCUCGACGGUGAUGGAGCUCUUAACCAAACCGAGUUCUGCGUUCUCAUGGUUCGGUUAAGCCCUGAAAUGAUGGAAGAUGCAGAAACUUGGCUGGAGAAAGCAAUCAGCCAAGAACUCUGCAGUCACAAUCACUCUUCUCUGCCUUGAUGAUGAAGAAACUUUUCUUGUGUAUUAUCUUUCUUUCUCCUAUACUUAUAAAUGUUUCUGUUAUACACAAAUCUCGUUUACCCUCAAAGAAUGAUUGAUUUAUAGAGAUAACCCAAACCUUGAAAUCA